AUGAGAGGCCUCCAGGCCAGCUGCCUCCUGCUGUGCGUGGUGGCCGCCGGCGCCAUGCCCACGGUGCCCUGGCGGGUGGCGUGUCCCCCGCGCUGCGUCUGCCAGAUCCGGCCCUGGUACACGCCCCGCUCCGCCUACCGCGAGGCGGCCACGGUGGAUUGCAACGACCUCUUCAUCACCUCGGUGCCACCAGAGCUGCCCGAGGGCACCCAGACCCUGCUGCUGCAGAGCAACAACAUCGCCAGGCUGGAGCAGGGCGAGCUGGGCUACCUGCGGAACCUGUCGGAGCUGGAUCUGUCGCAGAACAGCUUCUCCGACGUCUGGGAUUUCGGGCUCAGGAACAUGCCCCAGCUGCUCAGCCUGCACCUGGAGGAGAACCAGCUCUCCGAGCUGCCCGACGGCAGCUUCCCGGGCUUGGGGAACCUUCAGGAGCUCUACCUGAACCACAACCGGCUCCGCCGCAUCGCCCCCCGUGCCUUCGCCGGCCUGGGCAGCCUCCUGCGGCUCCACCUCAACUCCAACCUGCUGAGGACGCUGGACAGCCGCUGGUUCCAGAUGCUGCCCAGCCUGGAGAUCCUCAUGGUCGGGGGGAACAAGGUGGACGCCAUCCUGGACAUGAAUUUCCGGCCCCUGAGCAACCUGCGGAGUUUGGUGCUGGCCGGGAUGCAGCUGCGGGAGAUCUCGGAUUACGCCCUGGAAGGGUUGAGGAGCCUGGAGAGCCUCUCCUUCUACGACAACAAGCUGGCAGAUGUCCCCAAGAGGGCUCUGCAGCAGGUGCCCGGCCUGAAAUUCCUGGAUCUGAACAAGAACCCGCUGCAGAGGGUCAAGCAGAGCGACUUCACCAACAUGCUGCACCUCAAGGAGCUGGGCCUCAACAACAUGGACGAGCUGGUGUCCAUCGACCAGUUCGCCCUCAUCAACCUCCCCGAGCUGACCAAGCUGGACGUCACCAACAACCCCAAGCUGUCCUUCAUCCACCCCAAGGCCUUCCAGCACCUUCCGCAGCUGGAGACGCUGAUGCUCAACAACAACGCCCUAAGUGCCUUGCACCGGCAGACGGUGGAGUCGCUGCCCAACCUGCAGGAGAUCAGCAUCCACGGCAACCCCCUGCGCUGCGACUGCGUCAUCCGCUGGGUCAACAGCACCCGGCCCCGCGUGCGCUUCAUCGAGCCCCAGUCCACGCUCUGCGCCGAGCCGCCCGACCUCCAGCGCCGCCACAUCCGCGACGUCCCCUUCCAGGAGAUGACGGAGCAGUGCCUGCCGCUCAUCUCCGCCCGCAGCAUCCCGGCGCGCCUGGAGGCUGAGGUGGGCGACAACGUGGCCCUGCACUGCCGGGCGCUGGCGGAGCCGGAGCCGGAGAUUUACUGGGUGACGCCGGCCGGGGUGAAGCUGCUGCCGUUCGGGGACGAUGGAAAGUUCAAGGUGCACUCCGAGGGGACGCUGGAGAUCCGCGGGAUCGCGGCGCGCGAGGCCGGGCUCUACACGUGCGUGGCUCACAACCUGCUGGGCGCCGACACCCGCGGCGUCCGCGUGCUGGUCAACCGCUCCUUCCCGCUGGGCAGGGCCGAGCUGGAGCUGCUGGUGGUGGACGUCCAACCCUACCACGUCCUGCUGGCCUGGCGGCCGCGCCUCAACGCCGUCUCCUCCAACCUCACCUGGGCCAGCUCGGCGCCGGGCUCCCGGCUGGGCGCGGCGCGGAUCCCGGCGGGCACCCACAGCUUCAACGUCACCCGGCUGCGCCCCGACACCGAGUACCGGGCGUGUCUGCGCGUCACCUUGGUGGCAUCGCCGGUCAGGGUGGCGUGUGUCACCGCCAGGACUAAAGAGGCCAGCCAGGGGAUGCCGUGGGGACAGGGGACGCUGGUGACGGCGCUGCUGCUGUGCCUGCUGCUCCUGGGGAUGGCGGCGCGCGCCGGAUCCCGGCGGGAAUCGCUCCACGGCGCCGGGGCCGUGCGCGUGGUUUAUCCCGUGCGGCCCCGGGGACACCUCCUGGCCGUGGAGGUGCAGGCAGCGCCCCUGGAGUGCUGA